GAGUCGGCAGACAGUCCAGGGAGUCCGGAGGAGAGUGUGAGAACAGCUACGGGCCGAGCGCUGCGCCUGGCCGGGCCGGCGCCCGGGGGAAGGGUGCUGCUGAGCUUCGGUAGCGAGGAGGAGCGGGAAGAAAUCUGUCAGUUGGAGCCUAGAACUGGCAACACCAAAGGCACUCCUGAAGAAGAGGAAGAGGAGAAGGAUGAUGAAAGUUACUCUUCACUGAGUGAGGACUACAACAGUUCAAACUCAGAAAAUGAAUCCAGCUCUCCACAGAGGAGAAAGGAUUUAUUGCCAGGCAAUAUCCCCAGUGCAGCUUGUAUUGAUGCUGCUCGGAGGAAACGUCACUUAGCCAGGACACAGGCUGAUUAUCUUCCACUGGAUGUUUCAAACAGUCAUCAGGUCUCUUGGAGAAGAGAAGACAGUGAUUUAGAGAGUGAAGAGGAGUCUGAUGUGAAGGAUCUCAGAUUUGUUCCUCAAAUGAGAACUCUUAGGCAGAGGAUGACUGAACACAUGGUGUCUGUGGGUGAUGGAUCAAGUGAAGAUGAAGCACAAAUUAAGUGGGAAGAACAGCAAAUAAAGAAAGCCGUUAAACUCUCACAGGAAACUUACGAUGAUGCUUCCCUGCAUAAAUCUCAACCAGCUAAACCCAAGUUUGAUCCCUCUAUUUCUCUGCCACCUGUGAACCUGGAAAUUGUGAAGAAGCGACUGACUGAAAGGAUAACAUCAUUACAGGAUGUGCACCGUGCCCACCAGAGAGAAUAUGAAAAAUGUGUGGAGGACAUUGAAAGUUCAAAGAUGACUGUCCAGGAGUUGGAGAAGUCUUCGGAUGCAGCUCUGAAUUACAAAUUCUACAGGGCCAUGAAAACUUACGUAGAAAACUUGAUAAACUGCUUGAAUGAAAAACUGAAACACAUUAAUGAUUUGGAGUUGGCUGCACAUGUACUUCUUCAGCAACGGGCCAUGAGAGUGUUGAAACGAAGGCAAGAUGAGCUGAAAAAUGAGUCUGCUCACAUUCAGCAUCUGACAAGUGGGAGUGACAAACCAACUAACGGCAGAUUAGAAGGUGAUGAGGAGACACAGCUCCUGGAAACGUGUGAACAUCAAAGGACUCGCAGGCGGCAGGUGAGGGAGCGUGCAGGAGAAGCUGAUCACCAUGAAGGCAUGUCGAGUGACGAUGAGCUGACGCCGACAGAGGUGACCGAGUUCCGUAAGAGCAGAGAUAACGUUUUAGAGGAUAGUAGGAAAAUCUUUGAAGAUGUACAUGCAGAUUUUUGUGACAUCAGAAAAAUCCUGUUGAAAUUCCAGGAAUGGAAGGAGAAGUUUCCUGACUCUUACUGUGAUGCUUAUAUCAGUUUCUGCCUGCCUAAGCUAUUAAAUCCAUUGAUCAGAGUUCAGUUAAUAAAUUGGAAUCCUCUUGAGAAUUCUGCAGAGUUGGAAGAGAUGCCCUGGUUCAGAGCUAUAGAAGAGUUCAGUAAUGAGUCAAAAAGGGAUGAUGAUCCUGAUCAAGAAGUUUUGCCUAGAGUGAUUGAAAAAACUAUUCUUCCAAAAAUUACAGCAUUUGUAAAGAGUGUGUGGGACCCUUUAUCUACUUCACAGACAAAGAACCUUGUACAUCUUUGCAGUAACAUCUUUGAAAAACAAGUUCUUUCCAAAAACGAGUGCAGUCGAGCAAGAGAGGAUUUGGUGAACGUGGCUGUCCUGAGAAUGAAGAAAUGUGUAGAGGAAGAUGUCUUUAUUCCUCUGUAUCCUAAAAGCAGUGUGAAAGACAAAUCGUCGCUAUGUUCAAAAUUUCAAGAAAGACUGUUUUGGUCAGCUAUUAAGCUGUUCUCCAAUAUUCUUCGUUGGGAUGGGAUUGUACAAGAAGAUAUGGUCCGUGAUUUGGGUGUGAACAAGUUGCUGAAUCGUUACCUUCUUCUGAAUCUCUUAAACACACCUCCAGGACCAGAUAAUACAGAAAAGUGUAAGAAGGUGGUUGCGUGUCUCCCAGAAAGAUGGUUCCAAGAUCUCAAAAGUGGAUCAACUCUUCCUGAGUUACUGAACUUCUGCCAGCACUUGGCACAGUGUGCCCGUACGCUACACAAGAACAACUACAGUGAUGAAGUGAAAGAAGUUAUUCUCCUGCUGGUGAAAAUCAAAGCUCUGCAUAUUGUUGAAGACAUCAUUGAAGAGUAUAAACUUGAAGACCUUAAAUCAAUGAUUGGGAAAUAG